UCCGAGCCUGGAGACGGAGAGACUCGGGGAACAUUACCAUCAUCAUUCCCUAAUAAUUUCUAGGGUUUAAGUUGAAGUGUUUAAACCCUGUCAAUCUCUAGUAACCAGAACGAAAGCUGAUAAUCUAGAGAUAAUAAUAAGAACAAAGAGUAAAGGAAGUAGAAACCAUGACGGAUGAUGUAGAAACAAAAGAAUUAGGGUUAGCGAAAAAAGAAAUAGAGGAGAACAAGAAGAAUGAAAAGGAAAAGGUGGAAGAGACUGUAACUAUGCCUCCAUGGGAGCAACAUUCAGCUGUGAUCAGUAUGCCUCGAUUCGAUUACAACGCACCUUCUUCUCUUAUGGACUACUCGCAUUCAGGAUUCUUUAUUACCUGCUCCAUCAAAACGUCUAAUGCAAAGAAAAGGAAAAUAUGCUCUGGGGAAGUAGGAAGUGGUAAUGGUGCGGAGAGCAAAAGGACUAAUGAUGGAAGUGGUGAAAGUACUAGAGAGGCUACUCCAUCGUCUCCUAAGAUGGAUGUGAUUGAGGAAAAAGGAAUUCUAUCCCUGGUCAAGCUAACAAGAAGUGGUUUGCUUCUUUUUACAUUUCCUAGAAGCUGCUCUCCUGACACAGUCGAUAUUGUGUCGAAAAUAUUUGAGUCUUUAGGUUCUGGGAAUCUGAAGCCACUAGUUUGGUGUCAUCGUAUUUUUCCCAUCCAAGCAACUUGUUUACUGAAAGAUGAGGAUUUGCGGACUGUUGUAUCCAAGCUAGUCCAAGAUUUCGUGGGCCGUGAACAGAAUAAAUUUGAAAAACCUUUGAAGUUUGCAGUUGGUUAUAACAGAAGAGGGGUCGACGAGACAGAGAUGAAGAAUAAGAAGACUGACCCAAAGUAUACUGAUUUACUGGCGCUAUUAGACCGAAACAAGUGCUUCAGCGUUGUAGCUGGUGUAGUUAAAGAAAUAGUAGCAGAUGCUGUUGUGGACCUGAAAUCUCCAGAGCUGGGCGUAUUCAUCGAGGUGUUACCUGUUUCGGGGAUUCCCAACGGGUCACUAGUGGUUGCCGUUUCAGUUCUUCCACACAAUCUCUUCACUUCAAAGCCAAAGCUCUGUGUUAAAGCAUUAACCGCUGAUACCAAGACCGCAAAUGGAGAAAAUUGAAUUCCUUCACAAUGAUCUUAUCUAGUAUGUUCUAUCCAAAUGGAGGUGCAAAGCAACAACAAAACUCGGUACUGCUUAGUAUAACGCAGUAGAAAGCUCAGUGGUAAGAGUCUCAGAUUUUGAUACAGAACAAUCAGAUAAAACGGCAAUAUCAGAUGAUAAUGUUAAAGAUACAUAGACCAGUAGAUCAGUACCCCCAUUGCAAAUUUAAUCUGUUUGAUGUCAACUUGCUUACAACGGGGUAUGGUUAGGUGCAUCCUAAUGUCUCUUGGCUGAGUAUGAAAAUUCAUUUUCUUUACUUUCACCGUGUCUGUUAUUGUAGUCGCACCUCAUCAAAUCUAAGAUAUCUAAUAUUGUCGCCAUUUAUAAAUCGUACAA